CGCAUAAACUUGCUAGAAAUUCAUAACUGAAUUAUAAUCUAACUGAUGAAAAGUGGUCUUUAGAUUGUAUAAGAGCAGCUCUGUUUAUCCUUUCAAGGAUUUAAAAGCCGUGACCUUAUAUUACUUUGAUAUUACCUAUGUAUUUUUAACUCGUAUCCGAAUCCGACAAUUUCGGUACCAGUUACAAUUCCCAAAGACAUCCUUAUUAAGUGUUAUAAAUUACAAAAUACAUUAUAAUUAUUGCGGUUUACAGUGUUCUAAGUGCGUUAUUAGUUACAAAUACGUAUAAAAUAAUGAGAAUAACAACUUAAAGUGUAUAUUAAAAAUCAUUUACAUAUUAAACCACAGUGUAAGAAAAGUGUUGUUUUCAGUCUAAAGUUUCAAAUAUAUGAAUAAUAUAGUGUUGUGUCAGUGCUGUAAAGUCUUAAGAGUAUCGAUUAUCGAUUUUAUUCGAUGUAAAAUGGUUUAUAAGGAAAAUGUGAUAUUAAAUUAAUGUGUUAGGUAUCUGGUUUUUCCGAAAAAAUUGAAUAAGUAUUUCAGUAAAAAGUGAAUCAAUGACGAGUAUUGGUAAAAUUUUAUACUUUGUGCGAUUUCUAAUCAUAAUUAUUGGUCAAAAUGUUCAAUAUGGACGUGCUUUUGUUAUUAGUGUGUACUUGUUUUGCUGUCAUCAAAUCGGAAGGGAACCAAGAUGUUGAAGUCUUUGCAGCCUGUCCUAAAUCGCCUUUUUCAGCAUUAAUUACGGACAAAUAUGGUGUUCUGAUACUCGAAAACUACAACAAAAUCCUAAUAGGUUUAGGAUUAUUUGGAAUAAUAGUGUUAUGUCAAACGCUAUUUAUUGUAUAUAUUAUACGCAAGAAGCUAGUAGGUGGCAAAUUAAGACGGGAUAUGAUUUGCAGCAAUACUAGCGGUCGAUAUAGAGACAUAUCAAAACGUCCACCGCAGCCGCUACCUCUUGACAUAUACGAUGUAGUAGCUCCGGAAGAUGAGCCAGAACUGGGGUUCACAAACAGAGCUUUUAACAUGGCCGAUGAAAGGACUAGCCCUAAUGUUGCUAGGAAGCUACCAAGAGGUCCACCUCAUCGUCGCCUUCGCCCUGCCCCUAAUGUGGUUAGGAAGCCGCCUAAAGCCCUUCCUUGCGAUUCUUUUGGACAAGAUCCCAAUGGGGCUGAUAAAAGGAUAGCCCCUGAUGUCCCGAGGAAGCAGUCACAUGAACUGUUUCCUGGAUCUCCAUCGAAGGAAAUGAGACUACGAGCUUUAAAACCAACGAACUUGAACCAAGAACAACGAUUGACAUGGGAAGAUGAUUGGCAGUAUGAAAAGUUGGAUCCGAUGCAAAAAUAUUUAUGACCAGUGACUCCCGCGGCUUCACCCGCUCAGGGGCCUUAGUCUGCUAUUACAAUUGUGUCAGAAUGGUCGAUCACUGAGCAGUGCGAGAGGGACGGAGCUAUGUAGGUUGUAUAGCUCUGUCCCUCGCACCUCGCACAGCUCGUUUGCCUUCCAUUCCAUAAAAAAUCUUAACGUUUUAUAACAUAGGGGCCAUCCAUAAAUUAUGUCACACAAAUUUCA